AUGGCCCUCAGAUGGUGGACAUUUCAGCACCAUGUGGAAUAUGGUGGAAAGACCUUUGGAGCCUGGGCGGCCGCCGUCUACACCUCCGAGGCCCACCUCGGAUGGGCCCAGGAGGGGAGGGGUUCAGCCUCGGUCUUGGCUCCCGGGCAGGUGGACACCACGGAGCAGCUGAAGAGGAUCUCGCGCAUGCGGCUGGUGCACUACAGAUACAAGCCGGAGUUUGCAGCCACAGCGGGCAUCGAGGCCACGGCACCAGAGACCGGUGUCAUCGCCCAGGAAGUGAAGGAGAUCCUGCCUGAGGCCGUGAAGGACACUGGAGACUUGGUCUUUGCCAAUGGGAAAACCAUAGAGAACUUCCUGGUGGUGAACAAGGAGCGCAUCUUCAUGGAGAACGUGGGUGCCGUGAAGGAGCUGUGCAAGCUGACGGACAACCUGGAGACGCGCAUUGACGAGCUAGAACGCUGGAGCCACAAGCUGGCCAAGCUGCGGCGGCUGGACAGCCUCAAGUCCACGGGCAGCUCGGGCGCCUUCAGCCGUGCAGGGAGCCAGUUCAGCCGGGCGGGCAGUGUCCCCCACAAGAAGAGGCCCCCCAAGGUGGCCAGCAAGUCGUCCUCUGUGGUCCCAGACCAGGCCUGCAUCAGCCAGCGCUUCCUGCAGGGAACCAUCAUUGCCUUGGUGGUGGUCAUGGCCUUCAGCGUGGUGUCCAUGUCCACACUGUACGUGCUGAGCCUGCGCACCGAGGAGGACCUGGUAGAAACUGAUGGCUCUUAUGCCGUGUCCACUUCCUGUCUUCUGGCCCUGCUCCGGCCCCAGCACCCUGGGGGGAGUGAGGCCAUGUGCCCAUGGUCCAGCCAGACCUUCGGGACCACCCAGCUCCGACAGUCCCCAGGGACCACUGGGCUGCCAGGCACACCGCCCUCCUUGCUGCUGGUUGCCACUGGCCCGACCAGCUCGGCCCCAGGUCCGGUCAUCCCCACCUUGGACUUGUGCUCUAGCCGCCCUUGCCCAGUCGUCUGCUGCUCCUCGCCCACCCCCAGCCCUAUCGCUGCCCCGAGUCUUGGCCCCAGCUUUAACCCUGGCCACGGGCUCAGCCCCAGUCCCAGCCCGUCCACCAACCGCUCAGGCCCCAGCCAGAUGGCCCUGCUGCCAGUCACCAACAUCAGAGCCAAGUCCUGGAGCCUGUCAGCCAAUGGUAUUGGCCACUCCAAGCAUCCAAAGAGCUCCGAGCCUCUGGCCAGCCCUGCGGUCCCCUUCCCUGGAGGGCAAGGCAAAGCCAAGAACAGCCCCAGCCUUGGUCUCCAUGGCCGGACCCGCCGAGGGGCCCCCCAGCCUGGCCUGAGCCCUGUUCAGCCCACUCAGGCCCGGGGCCAGCCAGCCUCUCUCCUUGCAGACCCAGUGCCCUCCCUGACCUCCAUCCAGGUGCUGGAGACUUCAAUGCCCAUCACUUCCCAGUACUGCGCUCCAGGGCAUGCCUGCAGGCCUGGAAACUUCACCUACCACAUCCCUGUCAGCAGCAGCACGCCGCUGCACCUCAGCCUGACUCUGCAGAUGAACUCUUCGUCUCCCGUGUCUGUGGUGCUGUGCAGCCUGAUGUCAAAGGACGAGCCGUGUGAGGAGGGGGGCUUCCCACAGAGCCUGCACACCUACCAGGACACCCAGGGCACUUCCCACCAGUGGCCAGUAACAAUCCUGUCUUUCCGAGAAUUCACCUACCACUUCCGGGUGGCCCUGCUGGGUCAGGCCAACUGCAGCGCGGAGGCCCCGGUCCGGCCGGCCACGGACUACUACUUCCAUUUCUACCGCCUGUGUGACUGAGCGGCCUUCCCGGAGGCGGCACCACACCCGGGCCGGGGCCCCGCGCCCCUUCCACACUGGACGCCAUGGCGUUACACUGGAGCCCGCCGCCCGCCAGCUCUCUGCCGCUCGCUGGUGCUCCCUCGGAGAGACUGAAUCGGGCUUGGCCCUCCCCACGACUGGGGAAACUCGUCGGAGUCCUCACACUGGAGUUGCUGUUCCUGCUGGUCGCCCCUCAUACACCACAGGGGGAGCCCGAGAGACCCCCUGGGGCCAGGACCGGACCACGUCGUAUCUGUCCAGAUAUGGUGGUUGGAGGGCUGGCUGCAGGGGCCCUGGAGGCAAGGGUAAGCCUGUGACCGUCCAGAGCCUAUCCUCCCACUCUCCCCUUGAGACUGCGAGCCACCCCUCUUCUGGAGUGGGGACUUGGCUGGAGCCCUAAAAGACUUGGCUGGAUCCAUGAGUCAGCGGAGAGCAUACAGCCCUCACCCUGGAAGCUGCUCCCUGGGGGGUGGCGAGGUAGUGGACUUUUUGGGGUUUGACUGUUACGCUGGACUUGGGACUUUGAAGCUUUAAGUGUGGCCCAGGAGGUGUCUUCUCCCGGGGAGCACUGGCUCCCAAGAGCUCCCAGGGCAGCUGAAGCCAGCUCUGGAGGGGUUGCAAAGACUGACCAUGUGCCUUAUGUAUACUUAGUGCCUGGCUGAACCAGUGCGGGGGCCGGGGGGCCAGGUCACCCUUGGGCCCUUGAACCUGGAGUAUCCUGGAAGUUCCCUGCGAGCUCCCCCAGCUGGGUGUUGUGGCCCCAUGGCCUGGGCUUCUGGGAGCUUCCAGAGCUUGCAGUGGUAUCAGUGACCUAUCAUUCUCUCUGAGCAGAGGAGCAGGAAUCCCUGUAAGGCAGCAGGCUGGUCUUGGCUGGUGCGUGGAGACAGAUAGCUUUUGCUGUUAUUAAUGAAGUAAUUACUAAAAUGCACUUAAGCCAGGGCACGAGUGGAAGGAUGGAGAUGGAAAGGCCAGAGAGGUGCAGAGCCCUGGGGAAACACAAAGACAGGGCCCUCGCUCUGAUCCACCCCAGGGAGGCUUGAGACACCCAUCUCACUCCCAACCACUAAGACUCUGGCUUCUCCCUCCUCUCUUGUCUGCUGGCAACCUUGUCUCCCCAAAUCAAGGGCUCCCAUGUCGGGCUCGGCAGCAGAUUCCAUCUCCGCCCUCUCCUCCCGGACGUGGAGCAAUGGGCUUGCGUUACCGAAGAAGUCUUAACUCAAGUGCCAAUGUUAAAGUAACCGGUCUUGGUGGGAGCCUGGAGUGUUCUGAGGCCACAUCCAGGCUCACAGGAGUGUGGAAAUCAUUUAGCCACGGCUACACAGGUUCAAUGAGGGGAACAGGAAUUGCCAUUCCUGCCCUGUGGUGUUCUGCCACCUCUCUGGGAACCAGGCCUUACCCCUCUCAUUCUCAGCUUUGAAUGGGAGGCCUUUCUGUGGGGAGCUGCAAUCUCGAAGAAGCCUGUGAAGUGCGGGCCCCCUUCUGCCGUGGGUCUCAAAGCACUUAUCCUCAGGGGAGCUGGGGGAGAGGGAUACCCCGCCUCCUAGCUCCCUCCCCAGUGUGGCUCCCCUCCCUCAUUCUAACAUAGGAAUUACGUGGCUGCCCACACCACGCAGGGAGCCAGGGAGCCAGGCCUUCCGCAGGACUACUCUGUUCUCUCUCCACUGUCCCCCUCUGCGGGGAACCCUCCCUAAAUGCCUUAAAACUGCUGAGCCCCACCCUUUGCAAUAGGAUUCUGGGGCUUCCUCAGUGAGGGUGCCUGUCAUUGGACUGUGGCCCCUCAGUCCUUAACUGGAAAGUGACCCUCCAUUGCCCCCUGGAGCCCUUCCAGACACAGCGUAGCCCCAAUCUGGUAGCAGCCGGCUGUUUCCAUGCCUGAGGAGGGGUCCUCAGUGCAAGGAUUGGGGCCAAGCUGGGGCUCCAAGCUGCUUGGGUGGGUGGGGGGGGGGGUCAACCUUGGACCAAAGUUGCCUUAAGCCCAUGAAGGUAAAAGGGCUUCAGGGGAGGGGAGUGGGUCACCUGCUGGAGGCUGACAGCUGCCUGCCUGGCACUGGUAAGUGGGGGUCUUGGCUCCAUUCCCUACAUGGGGUCCAGCAGCCAUCCCUCCCUUCCCUUUGGCAUUUAUUCCUGGAGCCACUGGGCUAAUCUCCCCCAAGCUUCAAGCUGUACAUAGGGCCUCUUAAUGCACAAAUUCCUCUGCCCAUAUUGUACCCCCCCCCCAAAAGCCUGCAUGUGCAUAGAGCGCCCCUCCCUCCCAGUUAACUCCCAGUUCCUGUUCCUGAGUGCUGACUCAUAUUUAUCAUGUACCAACUCUGACUCUGGAGUGGGCAGAGGGAAGCAGCCCUGGGCCUGCUUGCUUCCUGUCCCUGUUCUUUCCUUCUGAAGUAAAUAUACAUAUAUAAAUAAAUGUAAAAACAUGGCUUUGUAUCUGA